AUGUCGAAAUCGACGGGUGCGCAAGCCACCGGCGUCCGCACAGGCGACAAGAAGGCGAGUGCCGCAGCAGCAGCAGCAACAGCAGCAGGAGUGGUUCGUGGCGCCAGUCUCAAUGCGCGCGCGCGGAAGGGCACCACGACGGUGGAGGAGACCCGCAAACUCUACGCAAUGACGCCGAAAGAAGCCGCCGCCGAUUACACUGAGGCCGAGCCGGGCGUGCUCGCCACGCUGAUCUGCAUCGCGUACCUCGGCGUGGAGUGGCUGUGGCUGCGACACGUGAUGGACGGCUACAAUGCGUGGCAGGAUGCAAAGGCCAAUGCUACUCUGGCCGAAGGCGGAGGAAUCGUGCCCCAGCUGCCAACACGUCCAUUGUUCAUGCGGCAAUUGCUCGAAAUGUUCAUCUCCGUCGCGGCCAACUUUGCCGGCUUGACCCUGGUCGCGAUGGUCCCCUAUGCCUACAUCUUCGAUCACUAUCGUAUUGCCGACAUUGAUGGACCUGCUGGGUGGAUUGGCACGAUUCUGGCGCGCGACUUUGCCUACUAUGUCUUCCACUACGCGUCGCAUCGCUGCGCAGCCCUGUGGGCCAUCCAUGGUGUUCAUCACGCGCCGUCCGAGUUCAACUAUGGCGUCAACCUGGCGCAAGGUGCGCUGCAAACCGUGGCGUCUGCUCCCUUCUUUGCUCCUCUCGCCCUGUUCUUCAACCCGCAAAUUUUCGCCAUUGUCUACCCAAUGUCCAAAAUCUACGGCUUUUUUACGCAUACGCGCCUCGUUGGCAAGCCGUACCUGCUCCAGACAAUCUUUGUGCUGCCGCCCGCCCAUCGCGUGCACCAUGCGGGCGCUCCUUCCUGGUACAUUGACAAGAACUACGGCGAAGUGUUUACCAUUUGGGACCGCAUUUUCGGCACAUGGCAGGAUGAGGAUGUCCGCCCAAUCUUUGGACACGUCACGCCGAUGGCCUCGUGGAAUCCCUUCGAGUCGCAGUUUGCCAUCUGGCGCAAGCUCGCUGAGAAGGCCUCAACCUGCUCGUCCGUCACCGACAAGAUUUGGUGCUUCCUCGGGCCCCCUGGCUGGGACCCCAAGACUGGCGGCGAGUAUCCUCUGCCAGACACCACCCCCUACAAUGCUGUCAAGUACGACUCGCGCCUCCCCACCUUUGAAACAGCGUACUGCGGCGUGCAAUACCUCGUCAGCCUUGCGGUCGGCGUUGUCAUUCUGGUCGCGCAUCGGCGAUUCCCUUCGUACUACUCUGUGGUCGGUCUGGCUGCUCUCGUGGUUCUCGGCGUGACGCUUGCGGGCCGACUGUUUGAUCGCACCCGCCAAGCCGCAUUGCUCGAAAUUUUCCGUUUGCUCGUCGCGGUGCCGGUGACCCUUGUGUUUCUGCUGUACGAUGCUGGGUUGAUUUCCAACGUGGCUCAGCUGUGGUCUGGCUUGGACUUUUGGCACACGCUGGCCGAAACGCUGAACAGCCGAUUGGUGCACUUGCCGCCUUCAGUGCCCGCGGAGAUGGUCUUUGUCCUGCCCCUCGUGUUUGUCCUCAUGAGCGCCGUUGCCAUUGGCCUCCGCCUGGACACUUUUGCACCAGAGUCGGACGACGCUUGGCUCAAGCGGGUGUGGAUUCCCGAAAUUGGCCGCAACUUCAAGCAGUCCCUGCAGGACGCCAACAUUCAAUUCUGGAAGUCCGCUCCUGCACCUGCGCAUGCUCAUGCUGAUUCCACCAAAUCCGCUGUCAAGCGUGGCUCCAAGCAAAAUGCGAAAAAGGUCCAAUGA